GCUUGGAGAACUCCUUGGCCAGCUGGCCGCCAGCUCUCCCCGAAGCCCGGCACGUUGCGCUCGGCCAGCCGCUGCAGCGCCGCUCCUUGUUCCUGCGGAUCCGCUCCUGCUGCUCCGGCUCAGCGGCGAGGCCCCGCCCGCCUCGCUCCCCGCAGCCUUCGCCUUCUUGGCGCGGCGGCACCACCGACCUCCGCAUCACCGCCCGGCUCCGGGGAGCGGCUGCGCUUCCUGGCGGGCGCGGGGCCGAAGAAGGAGAGCAGCGUGCGCUGCCCGAUCAUGGCUGCGGGCAGCGAGCGGCAGCAGCAGGACCCGCGUGGGCUGGGGAGGCGGAUUGGCGCCAAAACCGAGCGCGGGGCGGGGCGGGGCGAGGGGGCGGGGCUCCGCGCGCGCAUCCGCGGCUCGUGGCACCGGGGGCCCCGGCGCUGAUGGCGGGGAGACGACGGACCAAGCUGCACGUCUUCGGCAAAUGGCACAGCAUUCCCAGGAGGCAGGCAGUCUACGGAGACCCCGAGCUAACGUACACGUACUCGGGGGUCACCUUUUCUCCCGAGCCCUGGAUCCCAGUUCUCGAAUACAUCAGGGACCGCGUUGCCUCGGUCACGGGACACAGCUUUAAUUUUGUCCUCAUUAACAGGUACAAAGACGGUCUGGACCACAUAGGUGAACACCGAGAUGACGAGAGAGAACUGGUCCCACGCAGCCCCAUCGCGUCUGUGUCCUUCGGAGCCUGCAGGGACUUUGUUUUUAGGCACUGUGAUUCCCGAGGGAAAAACGCAAGGCGCCGCAUCGAGCCCGUCACGCUGCAGCUAGCCCACGGCAGCCUGCUGAUGAUGAAGUACCCCACCAACGUGUACUGGUAUCACAGCCUGCCCGUCCGCAAGAGGGUGCUUAGUCCAAGAAUCAACCUGACGUUUCGGAAAGUGAUAGCUAUAGACAAGAAGUGAGAUACUCGGCGACCAAGCACCCGGUCUUUAGACUCUGAAAAUGAAGGUUUUCUUCCCCAGUAUGGCUGCCAGUUUCUGCCUCAAACAGUCUUUGACAAUCCAAAGCAUUAAGCCAGAAAAGUUGAUAGUAUACCUGGUAAUUCGCUAAUAAAUAGUGCAACUAUUGAUCUGCAGUACCAAGAAUACUUUGUCAGUACGCUGCUGCUGUAGUCCUGCUGACACACGUAUUUUUAAUGAGUAAUACCCUUGUUUUGGUCAGGAGGAAGUUUGUUCUCAUCUGAUCUUAAUCUGGCCGCUUGCUCAGAAAGAUCGAAAUACUCUGUAGCAUUGAGAUAGUGGUGAAAGUUUGUAAAUUCUAUAAAGUGCAAGGUGUGAUCAUUCAGGGUGAGCCUGUAAGCUGACAGUAUUCAUUGCCUGACACUUUCUAAUAUGUUCUGUCAAUGAGUUACACUUUGCUUGUUUUUAAAAAUAAAAUACAGAUGAGACCAACAUGAAAGGAGGAUUGCUAAGAUACAAACACAGUGAGCGCAGUAUGCUGUACAGUCACGAUGACCUGUCUGCAUCGAUUCCUCCAUUGCUUUACCUCGUCUGCUUGCACGGAAGACCGGUUCUUGUGGUCAGCAGCGUGGUGGGACAGGACGGGAGGAUGCACGAGGUCCUGAGCCAGAAUGGGAACUGGUCCCUGUGUAACCAGGCUGUAAACGUGUGAAUAGUGCUGGGCUGCAGCCUUCAGCAGUAGGUCUGGCAGGGCUAUGGAAUUAACGCAUCAGACAGUCUGGAAUGGAUAAUCCCCACCCUCUGCCACUACCAGGAAGUGGGAUAUUUAGCAUGGAAAGCUGUGGGAAUGCAUUUUACCCAGAGAAUGUGAAGUGCUGCUUCUGUCACAUACACUGUAUGUGGUCUGGCUUAGAGCUUGGUCUUUGUUUCAAGAAAUUACCACAUGCGACAGCUACUUUUUCUAUUAAGUUUGUUCGUUUAUUGCUACUGUACAGUUACAAAAAUACCCUGAAGUGAAAACGCAACUUCAAACAGCAGUGCAGUGGUUUGACUCUACUAUCAUACAUUUUUAAAUAAUACACAAAAUAAAACAAGAAGAAUCCAAAUGCAGAGAUGUCACCGGGAGGGCCUUAUCUGGUGUUUUGUAACCUACAUUUCCUCCUUUUCCACCAUGAAAGCUUGUGAGUAACAAGGAACAAUACUGGAUGAUCCUCAGGUGCCUGCACAGAGCCCAGUGACUUCAAAAAGUGAAGGCCGGGUGGCAAACAUCCGCAAAGGUCUUUGAUGCUCCCAGUAGGCUGAGAGUAUCCAGCACAGCACAGGACCAGGACUGAGGUGCCGACACUUGCCAGCUUCCUCAGAGCGCUAAGCCAAGGCUGCCUACUCCUUCCCAACAGUGAAAACCAGAAUAAAUGCUGACUAUUCAACCCUCAUCUCUAUAGCCCUCAAGGAAGCUUUCAGAGCAAGUCUGCAGCUGAGUGAAAGCGAGCAGUUUAUUACGUCACGCAGCAACUAUGCUUCCAUACUCAAACUAGUCCCUGCUAGAAAGCAGCUCUUUGCAAAAAAAAUAAAUAAAUAAUUAAAGGUGCAAGUUUGCAGUAGUGCGUGGCUUUAUGUCACUGUUCUGUCACUGUUCUUUAUGUCACGCUGAUGAGUUUAAGACUGUUAGUCCAUUGUGCGCGCAUGUUCUGACUCACCUCCAGCAUUGCUGCUUUCUAAACAAAAUGACCUGUUCAAUGAACUUAAAAUUCAGAGUUUAAAAGCCCUAAACAGACCCUACUGAGAACAGGUAUUGCAGAAUAUACGCUACUGGCAGCGGAAAUGUUUGAGGUACAAAUUGUAGACCUGCUGGAGCUAGCUGCUUUGCAGGAUGUUUUCUCUUAGGUGACCCCUGGCACUGCUUUACAGAAUUCCUACCACACACCCGUGCUGCCCAGAACAGAGGAGUCUCUCCCUCUUAGCUUCCCCAAGCCUGUUAGAUCUUAGUUCAGGUCAUUUUUGGCAUUUUGCAUCCUGUUGUUUUUGUUUGUUUGUUUGCUU